CCCGCAGUCUCGCUCUCGCGCACUGCCGCUCUCAAAAUUUCGCGACUCUCUCUCGCGUCUCUCCAUCGCCAUGGAGAUGGAGGCGAUGGGGAAGCAGCAGAGGGAGGAGGCGCUCCUCGGGGCCGCCGCCGCCGGCAACCUCCGCCUCCUCAAGAAGAUGGCGAGGUGGAUGGGCUCCGGCGGGCAAGGCGAGGCCGCCGUCCUGGCGGCGGUGGAGGACGGCCAAGGGGACCGCGCGCUGCACCUGGCGGCCGCGGCGGGGCGGCUCGAGGUCUGCAGGUACCUCGUCGAGGACCUCCGCCUCGAUGUCAAUCAGCUCAACUUCAUAGGUGACACGCCACUGUACCUUUCUGCCUCAUAUGGGAGAGCUGAUGCUGCAAGAUAUCUUCUUGAUCAUGGUGCUGAUCCACUAGCUGGCAAAGUACACUCACCUCUCCAUGGCGCUGCAAAGGAAGGACAUUGUGAAAUAGUAGAACUGCUGCUUUCAAGAGGAAUCAAUGUGGAUUUAGAUUCUGCGCAAGGGACGCCAUUGCAUGCAGCUGCUAUUUCUAAACACCAUGACAUAAUUAAGAUCUUGUUGGAGCACCAUGCCGAUCCUAACAAGGUUUACGGUCUUGGUUAUGCCCCAUUGAGUUGGGCCAUCCGUGCCAUCAGGCCCAUGCCUAGAGAGCCGUUGGAAUGUGUCAAGCUACUUGUUAAGGCUGGUGCUGAUCUGAAUUUUAUUGACUUCGAUGGUGGUAGUUACGUGAUGUUGGCAGUGAAGUUUGACUCACCUGGCAUCAUGAAGUUCUUACUAGAUGCUGGUGCUAACCCCAAUAUUCCCGAUGAAUGUGGUAGGACACCAAUUGAAGUUGCUGCCUCUAAAGGCAGUAGGGACAUGGUUGAAAUGCUAUUCCCUUUAACUUCUCCUAUUUCAACGCUGCCGAACUGGAGUAUUGAUGGAAUCAUUUCUCAUGUGAAACACUUUGGUUUGAAGCCGAGGGAUAAAGAAAUGUACGCAAAGAGAAGAACUGAAGUUAAACGGAAAGCUUCUGAGGCUUUUAAGAGAGGGGACUAUUAUAUGGCAUCAGAGAUGUAUAGCUCUACAAGGGCAUUUGACCCUAGUCCGGAUGAGUAUGCAACCAUAUUGGCAAAUAUUAGUCUAUGCGCGUUGCGUGCUGGAAAUGGAAAAGCUGCUCUGUCUUAUGCUACCAUGUGCAGAAUGGGGCGACCUCUUUGGCCAAAAGCCUGCUACCGAGAAGGGGCAGCUCUUAUGUUAUUGAAGAAGUACGAGAGAGCAUGUGAGGCUUUUGCGGAUGGCUUGAAGCUUGACCCUACAAGUGGUGAUAUUGCAAAUGCUUUAAGGGAAGCCCAAGAAGCAGCGAAGAAUGCUCGUCGCCGUGAAAAGUGGCCGACUGACAAGUCUUACAUGCAGAAUCCGAUGCUUUGUUUUGUUGCUGAGCACCUUUUGUCUAGUCUGAAAACUUGUGAUGAUAAUAUACUGUUAUUGUUAAUUAAGACCUCCGUCACACCCAUCGUUUUUAAAUAUGACUGGGGAUGAACUCGCUAGCUUGAUUCCAGUUCAAGUGUCGACAAGCUUUAUCGUCACAGAACGUUAAGCUUGUUAUAUCUUAUGGUUGAAAUCAUGGAAUUCAGUACUGAGGUUCCUUUUUGCAUUG